UAUGCCCAAAGAAUACAAAGAUCGUUCUAGAAACUCCUUGAAACGUCAAGAACCAAAAGAUGAUCCAAAAUUGAACUCCAAUCAUAAAUGAAAAAUGCGAAAAGAGUUAUCCAGAGGGUUCUUUGGAUCUCCUCAGUCCAACCUAUAAAUACCAAUCGCAUCCAGAAUUCAACUCGUCAAGUAAGCAUUGUAGCAAUAUUCAGAAACGAUCUGUUUGUCAUCCUCUUUAGUCCCAAAUACAAUCGAAGUGAAAGAAAUGUCGAUCGUUCCCAGCUUCUUCGGUGGCAGACGAAGCAGCAUCUUCGACCCAUUCUCUCUUGAUAUCUGGGACCCCUUUAAAGACUUUCCCUUUCCAACUCCAUCCGAUGCGUCGACGGAAACCUCUGCUUUGGUGAACGCCCGUGUGGACUGGAAAGAAACACCGGAGGCGCACGUGUUUAAGGCCGAUCUCCCUGGGAUCAAGAAAGAGGAAGUGAAGGUGGAAGUUGAAGGCGACAGGAUUUUGCAGAUCAGCGGUGAGAGGAAUGUUGAGAAAGAAGAUAAGAAUGAUACAUGGCACAGGGUGGAACGCAGUAGCGGGAAGUUCACAAGGAGGUUUAGGUUGCCGGAGAAUUCGAAGAUGGAUCAAGUGAAGGCUUCAAUGGAGAACGGAGUGCUUACAAUUACUAUUCCAAAGGAGGAGGUUAAGAAGCCUGAUGUUAAGCCUAUUCAAAUCUCUGGUUAGAAUUUGUACCACGUAUGUACUUUUUUCUGUAUUGUGUUUGUAUACCAAGUGUUCGACAUAAUGUUCGCGGUUGUAUGUUGUUCUUCCUAUAAUACACAAUAAAUUUAUAUUCCUAUUCA